AUGUCAGCUACUGGUUGGGAUACCGGAAUUGUUUAUCAUGCUGGAGUACACGCGUCCAAGACUCCAAGCGAUUCGCGCGUCGUCAUUGAACAAAAACUCUUUAAAUUUGUUGAUCAAUUUCGUCUGGAAGAACACUUUAUUUACAGAGAAAAGAUCAAACGUAAUGCUGAGGGUCGCAACUACAACCUUGUGGUUCAAUUAGAACACCUUGAUGGUGCUGACCGCGCACUUUCUGACAAGCUGAAAACAUGCCCAGCCGACCUUUUGCCGUUGUUUGAGGUUGCGGUACAAAAUUUAGCUAAACAACUUCUGCAUGAUACAAUACCGACGUUCCAAAUUUUGCUUCGUUCUAAUGAAACAGUUCAAGAUUUACGGAAACUUAACUCAGAACACAUUUCUCAGCUUGUUCGUGUUUCGGGCAUUAUCAUUGCAGCAACGAAUCUGUCUGCUAAAGCGACUAAUAUUCAGAUAAUGUGCAAAACAUGCCGGCAAUGCAAAAUGCUUCCAGUCCCCGGUGGUUUUUCAGGAAUCCAGCUCCCAAGAGCCUGCGAUAGUGAUCCAUCUGGGAUUGGACCCAAGGACUGUGGACUUGAUCCGUACGUUGUAAUUCAUGAUAAAUGCACGUUUGUAGACCAGCAAGUUCUAAAGCUUCAAGAAUCACCAGAGUUACUUCCGGUUGGUGAUCUUCCACGUCACAUAACGGUACACGUAGACAGAUAUUUAACCAAUAAAGUUAUCCCCGGGAGACGUGUUACGAUCAUAGGAAUUUAUGAUAUUUUCCAAAAUAGUUUAUCCAAGAAACAAAGCCAUGGUGUUGGCACCCGUAUACCUUAUAUACGAGCCAUUGGCCUUGAACUUGACACUGAUCAAGUUGGACAAGAAUUGGGUAGUUUUACUCAUGCAGAGGAAGAAGAAAUCAUUGCAGUGUCACGGAGACCCGACUUCUAUAAUUUUUUCACCAAUAGUAUCGCACCUUCCAUUUUCGGAAACAGAGAUAUAAAACAUGCUAUUUCAUGUUUACUCUUUGGCGGCAGCAAAAAAGUUCUGGCUGAUGGGAUGAAACUCAGAGGCGAUAUCAAUGUUCUAUUACUAGGUGAUCCUGGUACUGCUAAAAGCCAAAUUUUAAAAUUUGUACAUCAGGUUGCACCAGUAGCUGUUUAUACGUCAGGAAAAGGCAGCAGUGCUGCGGGUCUUACAGCUGCUGUAGUUCGUGACGCUGCUACACGAGAGUUUCGUCUCGAAGGAGGAGCAAUGGUAUUAGCAGAUGGAGGUGUAAUAUGUAUAGACGAAUUCGAUAAAAUGAGAGACGAAGAUCGAGUAGCUAUUCAUGAAGCAAUGGAACAACAAACUAUUUCUAUUGCCAAAGCUGGCAUAACUACCAUUCUUAAUUCACGUACAUCGGUCCUGGCUGCUGCAAAUCCCAUUUUUGGUCGCUAUGACGACAUGAAAACACCUGGAGAG